AUGGCGUUCGUUUUAGUAUCAGGAAAAUCCACCAAAGCACAAUUAGUAGCGAUAGCAGAUGCAGCUUCGUUGUACUGUGCUAUUUUCAUAAUGGGUUUGCUUUUAAUUAGCUCAGUGAAAGAGAAUUAUUCAACUGAUGGAGGCGUCAUGAAAGGAAACCACUUCCUGAGCCGGCCUUGUGAUGAAAUUUAUGUGGUCGGAGAAGGAGAAACGUUACAUACGAUUAGUGAUAAGUGUGGUGAUCCUUUUAUUGUUGAGGAGAAUCCACAUAUUCAUGAUCCUGAUGAUGUUUUUCCUGGUCUUGUAAUCAAAAUCACUCCUAGGAACAGAUCGUAG